ACCAUCCUAUAAAUCUAAGAAGCAAGCGAAGAAGAAGAGAGAAUCAAACUGAAAAAAAAAAGAUGAUCAGAGGAGGAGGAGGAAAGUCUUCAGGUUACUCUGCAGAUCUGAUGGGUUGUUUCCCUUCAAGAACACGCUUGUCUUUACAUUCUAAAUCCAUUUUUAGCCCUUCUCAUUCCUUUAUCCGCCGUGAAAAUGCUCCUCACCACCGCCGCAGCUUCAGUAAGCUCUCAGGAAGCGGCGGCAGCCUGCAUAAUAGUCAAAGAGAGGUAGCAGAAGAACCAACGUCGCCGCAAGUCACGUGUGCCGGUCAGAUCAAAGUGCGGUCUAGUAAACGCAGUGGUGGAGGCAAGAAUUGGCAGUCGUUAGCGGAGAUAAAGAAGAUACAUCGAACCAAGUCGGAGGAUGCAGUCUCCCACGAAGAGGAAGAUGAAGAUGAAGACGAAGCUUCGGGGAGUGUUUUCUCAAAAUGGUCUAAGGUUCUACACGAAAAGAAAAAAGCGUUUACAGACGCUGAAACUGCGGUUCCGCGGCUUCCGCCGCCAAACGCGUUGUUGCUAAUGCGGUGCAGAUCUGCGCGGGCAGACAAUGAAUGUGAAAACACUGAAAAAGAUAGAGGAGAAGACGAGAAGGAGACAGUGAUAAAGAAGAAGGAUCUGAGAACAUUGAUGGAGAAAGAGAAAAAUGUAAAUAUGGUGGUGAUGAAUUACGACACAAACUGUUACAAACUCUCUCCAGACAUCUCCAAGGAAACAUGGGUUGUAGGUGGAACUCAAGAUCUUCUGCUCCGAAGUCAAAGCUGGAAGAGAUAAUCUUUGUUAUUGAUCAUUGGUAAAUCCUUUUGUAAAACUAAUACAUUUUCUUGUGAGGUGUUACUUUUUUUGGGCAAGUGAGUAAUAACUUAUAAGUAAGCUUUUAUUACAAUAAUAUUAAUAACAUUCAUGUAAUUUUGAGACUGGUUCCGUAAAAUUUUCUCUCUAUAAUACACCAAAAAGUUAUUUGUAUUGUUCAUAAUGAGCCGGUAGUAAAUAACAUUGGUCAACUCAAAACAAAACUGAGUACCUUACGUCCCAAGUUAUCUUUUUUCGUGCAUUUCCUAAUUGUGGAAAUCUGAAUUACUAAUUUUUCAAGUCACAUACUGAGCGACAACAAUUCCAAGAGACUAUUGUUGAUUAACUGUUUAUGCUUGAUCUUGAUUCCUUUAGCGAUUCUAUCUUGAUCUUAGGUUAGAUUCGAUCUGUUUCUUCUACGUAUAUGCAUAAACGUAAAGAACAAGAAAAUUGUUUACCCAGACUUCGUUUCCUACUGUCUGGGGAGAGAUCGAAACUCUCAAGCUUUCACUAUAGCUCACUUGAUCGUUACAAAGUCUCGGUAUGAACUUAUACACUCUGAAAUACACUACCGGUAAUCAGAUUCUCAGUAGAAGCAGCAGAGGAUUCUUCUUCGCCUGAUCCGUUGCUCUUCUAUCUCGAGAUAAGACUCUCUCUUUUCGAUCUUCGAUCUCUCUCUCUUCCUUUCUUCUCUCUCUCACUUCUCUGCGUUCUGUUUGCAGGUGUGAGCUCGCGCAGAAGAUGACGCUGACUCAGCAUCCUUAUAACGGCCUAACCGAAAGUGCGAAUCGAGCUUGCAGCUGGGCCUUUGCGCAUUACGGCCCAAUCAGAUAACUGAAGCCCGCGAGAAUGACGAUGGGCUCGUUCGAAGUCGAAGCCUUCUUAACAAAACUCCACCUCUUUGACUUCGGACAUCUUCGAGAAAUCCUUAGACAACCCCCUUUGUCCUUUCUCUCUCUAGACGUCACUGCUCUCUCUUGAGUCUACAAACCGAUGAACCUCACCUUAACCCUUUUCCCUUUCUGAUCAAUCACCACUCUUGAUGAAUUCUGAUCUUCACUCAAACAGAUCUCUCACUGAGUACCAGCUGACUAAGAAACCGUACUCCUUUGCAGAACUGACUUUCCUUUCCAACCUCUCCACCUGAAGCCUCACUUUCGUGACAGCUUCAACACUCUCAGGUAACUCCAUUUUCGAUUUCCUUCCCAAAUAUACUUGCAUCUCUUCGAACUAUUAAUUUGUAUCAGCUUAGUCUUCUGCUACUCAUGUAGAUUUACCUUUCCUUUUCCGAGAUGCACUCUGAAGUUACCUUGAGCCACGGUUGCGUUUAGACGAUGUUUAGACCUUCACGGCAGAGCUGGAACUUUGAACCAGGUACCGUUUUAGUCAAGAAGUCUGCUAGGUUGAUGGAUGUGUGGAUCUUAGAUAGAGUAACCCAUCCCUUUGUCACUAUGUCUCUGAUGAAAUGAAACUCUGUGUCCAUGUGUUUAGUUCGUUCAUGAUGAACUGUGUUCUUGGAUAAUGCGAUUGCACUUUGAGAA